AUGGGUGCAGUUCCUAUUAUAGUCAAGGGUGGUGCAUGGACCCAAACUGAAGAUCAGAUUUUAAAAGCUGGUGUUUCUAAAUAUGGUUUACAUAAGUGGAACAAAAUCGCAUCUUUAUUAACCAAAAAAACAGGCUUACAAUGUAAGAAUAGGUGGGAACAAUAUUUAAAUCCACAACUAAAUUUCCAAAACUUUACUCCCGAAGAAGAUUCUAGAUUAUUAGAUUUGAUAAGGAGUUUACCCAAUCAAUGGCAAACCAUUGGCGAUAUCAUGAAAAGGCCAGUACAAUCAUGUAUUGAUAGGUAUCAAUUGUUAUUGGAUAAAAAUAAUACUACUGAUGGUAAACAUACUUCCGUACAAGUUGGAGAUUAUAAUAUUAAUGCCGAGUCACUACCUGCAAAAAGGAAAUUAGAUGAUGAUGAUAAUGCCAAUAAAGAAGGCAUAGAAGAAGGUGAAAGAGAAAUGAUUGCAGAAGCUAAGGCAAGAAUAUUAGGUUCUCAAGGUAAGAAAGCCAGUAGAAAGUCCAGAGAAAGGAUGCUAGAAGAAUCCAAAAGAGUUGCCCUAUUACAGAAAAGAAGAGAGUUGAAACAGGCGGGCAUCAAUACAACUUUAAAAAAACCUAAAAAAAAAUAUGACACAGAAUUAGACUAUAAUGCAGAGAUACCAUAUGAACAUAAACCGUUGGCAGGAAGAUAUAAUACUACUUUAGAGGAUGAGAAAGAUAUUUUAAACAAAGUUAAGUUUGAAAAAAACGUAAAUAGGUUUGGUUUAAAAGAGGAUGAUGAAGAUGAGUUCAUUAAUACAAAACAAGAUAUUAAUACGAAGGAUAAUCAUAGUACUGGUAACAGGAGCGCAAGCCAUAAGCAAAGUGCUAAUGUGAAACAAAUACAAGGUCUAGAUAAAGCGUUUAACGAGUACAAAAAACCGAAAUUGGAUUUACCCAAACCUGGAGAACCAAGUGAUAUUUAUGAGCAAAUCAAGCAAAAUCGUGAACUAUUAUUGAGUAAAUUAGGUAAGUCAUCAGUAUGGGAUAUCAAUGGAGAAGUAGCUAGUAACGAUAAGGUUUCUAAUAUUCACACAAUUAGCAGUUCCAUUAAACAAAACUUGACAAUUUUACGGAAAAAAAUCAAUAUACUUUUUCAAGGCUUACCAAAACCCGAAAACGAUUUCCAAAUAGUGGCAGAACCUGAUAUAAACGUAUCGAAAAAUGAUUUACCUGAUUUGAAAUGUAUAUAUAACGAAGACGAGAAGACAUUUAAUAUACAAUACUAUGAAAAUCUUUGUAAAAAAUUAAUUGAAAAAGAGAUAGAAGCAGGUAGCAAUAACAAUUAUAAUAAUAGUGAUGAUGAUGAUGAUGAAAAACAAGUGAUAUACGACAAGAAAGUAAUUAGACAGUUUAAUGAAGAGUUAAAACUUAGGGUUGAUUAUUUGCAAAAAAUUUGUUUUGAAAUGGGUAGAUUAUUCAAAGAGCAAGAAAAAGAUACAGCUGUACUUAGAGAUAAUUUAGAAACCAAAUAUUAUAAUGAAUACUUUAAAUACCAAAGUGAACGUCACUCCAUAGAGAAUAGAAUUGAUUAUUAUAAAAAGUUACUAGGUAAAUGA